AUGGAACCCGCGGAGGAUCAUUCUUUCCCUCCAGCCUCUUUCAAGCCUCUUUUAAAUGAAAUUUCCGGACUUUUGAGGUCAACUUCAUCGACGCUCGCAGUGGCAGAAACUACAACAGGUGGUCUCGUGUCAGCUUCCCUGCUCUCCGUGUCUGGAGCAAGUAAAUUCUUCGUGGGAGGAGCGACAGUGUACACCACGAAGCCACGGAAGGCUUGGGCGGGCUGGACUGACGAGAACGUGGUGAACUACAGUGGACCCACAACGGAACUCGUCACGGAGCUCGCAGCGAAUGUCAGGGAGCAGAUGGAUGUCACAUACUGUAUCGGGGAGUGGGGUGCUGCAGGUCCUACCGUCUUGGGACCGCCAAUUGUCCAUGUAGCAGGUCAAACAUAUAUUGCCGUCGUGUCUCGUGAAAGUUUUGCGACUCGUGUCGUGAACACAGGUGUCGCAGAGAGAGAGAAGAACAUGAUGGCUUUUACGAAGGCAACCUUGGUGCUGCUCAGGGACGUUCUUGCGGGAGACGUUAAACUGGAGCAGCAGCGUCGGCCAAAGGGUUCCGAACCUGCCAGUUUUUGAGCCUUUCACAUCACUAAGGUGAUCGUAUAU